CAUAAUUUUGAAGAACUUCAUCCUCAACUCAACAGCCACAACAAAUGUAAAGAAAGCGAGAUAGAAAGAAGAAGAAGAAGAAGAUGAUGAGCUCUGCUUCACAGUUCUUGCACCUCACAAACAACAAACCUCCGUCACCACCAACUCCUCCCUCUAAACCAAACCUCACUUCUCACACUCUGUCCCAAAGAACCCACAUUCCUUCUCAUGUCUACAAGCACCCUUCAGCUCUACUCCUCGAGCUCUGCACUUCCAUGAAAGAGCUCCACCAAAUCCUCCCUCUCAUCAUCAAAAACGGCCUCUACAACGAGCACUUGUUCCAAACCAAGCUCCUCAGCUUGUUCUGCAAAUACGGCAGUGUCAACGAAGCUGCUCGUGUUUUCGAGCCCAUUGAGGAUAAACUCGACGUGCUUUAUCACACUAUGCUUAAAGGGUAUGCUAAGAACUCGUCGUUACACAACGCCAUGUCGUUUUUUGUUCGAAUGAAGUGUGAUGAUGUUAAGCCUGUUGUUUAUAACUUUACUUAUUUGUUGAAAGUUUGUGGUGAUAAUGCGGACCUUAGGAGGGGUAAAGAGAUUCAUGGGCAGGUGAUAACUAAUGGGUUUUCGUCGAAUGUGUUUGCAAUGACUGGGGUUGUGAAUUUGUAUGCGAAGUGUAGACAGAUUGAUGAUGCGUAUAAGAUGUUUGAUAGAAUGCCUGAAAGAGACCUGGUGUGUUGGAAUACGAUAAUUGCUGGAUUCGCGCAAAAUGGGUUGGCGAGGGUGGCGUUAGAUUUGGUUUUGAGGAUGCAGGAGGAAGGGCAGAAGCCUGAUUCAAUCACGGUGGUGACUGUCUUGCCUGCCGCUGCAAAUAUUGGGUCUUGGAGGAUUGGGAAGUUGAUUCAUGGGUAUGCUAUAAGAGCUGGGUUUGAGUUGCUUGUAAAUAUUUCUACUGCUUUGGUAGACAUGUAUUCGAAAUGUGGGUCGGUGGGGACUGCUCGGCUGAUCUUCGAUGGGAUGAAACAAAGGACUGUUGUUUCAUGGAAUUCCAUGAUUCAUGGGUAUGUACAAAGUGGAGAUCCUGAAGAAGCAAUGGCAAUUUUCCAAAAGAUGUUAGAUGAAGGGGUUGAACCAACCAAUGUUACUGUUAUGGAAGCUUUACAUGCGUGUGCUGAUUUGGGUGAUCUUGAGCGGGGAAAAUUUGUUCAUAAAUUAGUGGAUGAAUUGAAACUUGGAUAUGAUGUUUCUGUAAGGAACACUUUGAUAUCCAUGUAUUCCAAAUGUAAGAGAGUUGAUCUUGCUGCUAAAGUAUUUGAAGGCUUGCAGGGCAAAACCAUUGUCUCAUGGAAUGCCAUGAUAUUAGGUUAUGCUCAAAAUGGGCGGGUAAAUGAGACUUUAAAUCACUUUUGUGAGAUGCAAUCCCAAAAUAUAAAACCAGAUUCAUUUACAUUGGUGAGUGUGAUUCCUGCUCUUGCAGAGUUGUCAGUUACGCGUCAAGCAAAGUGGAUGCAUGGACUUGUUAUAAGAAAUUGUUUGGACAAAAAUGUCUUUGUGACGACUGCUCUUGUUGACAUGUAUGCUAAAUGUGGAGCUAUUCACACUGCAAGAAAGCUCUUUGACACGAUGGAGGAGCGGCAUGUGACAACUUGGAAUGCUAUGAUAGAUGGAUAUGGGACUCAUGGCCUUGGAAAAGAUGCUGUCGAAUUGUUUAAUGAUAUGCAAAAGGGAACCAUCAAGCCAAAUGACAUAACUUUUCUGUGUGUUAUCUCUGCUUGCAGCCACUCAGGUUUAGUGCAAGAGGGUCUCCGCAUCUUUUCCAGCAUGAAGGAAGAUUAUGGUUUAGAGCCUGCCAUGGAUCACUAUGGAGCUAUGGUUGACCUUCUUGGUCGAGCUGGACAGCUCAAUAAAGCUUGGGAUUUCAUUCAAGAUAUGCCUGUUGAGCCUGGGAUUACAGUAUUUGGUGCCAUGUUGGGCGCUUGUAAAAUUCAUAAAAAUGUUGAACUGGGUGAGAAGGCAGCAAAAAAACUGUUUGAGUUAAACCCAGAUGAAGGUGGGUACCAUGUGCUGCUCUCUAAUAUAUAUGCCACAGCUUCAAUGUGGGACAAAAUGGCCAAAGUGAGAACCAUGAUGGAGAAGACUGGGCUUCAAAAAACUCCUGGCUGCAGCCUAGUGGAAUUGAAAAAUGAGGUUCACAGUUUCUAUUCUGGAAGCACGAUCCAUCCCCAAUCCAAAAGAAUAUAUGCUUUUCUUGAGACAUUGGGAGAAGAUAUUAAGGCUGCUGGUUAUGUGCCUGAUACUAAUUCAAUUCAUGAUGUGGAGGAUGAUGUUAAGAAGCAGUUGCUCAAUAGCCAUAGUGAGAAGCUGGCUAUUGUGUUUGGACUGUUAAAUACCAGCCCGGGUACAACCAUACACAUCCGAAAAAACCUCCGAGUUUGUGGUGAUUGCCAUAAUGCGACUAAGUAUAUCUCUCUUGUGACCAGACGGGAAAUCAUAGUGCGUGAUAUGCAUCGGUUCCACCAUUUCAAAAAUGGAACUUGUUCUUGCGGAGAUUAUUGGUAAAGUUGUCAAGGGUUGAUUCUUGAGAGUUGAUGUACUAGCUACAAAUGAUGAUUUACUAGGAAUGGGGCCUCGUGGUACAGAUAAAAAGAGUUCCUUGGAUGAAUUUUGUUGUUUCCAUAUUGUUACACAUCAUGAUAUUAUUGACAAUCUUCCCCAAACUGUGCAAAUUAAUAUCUUAAUAAGAGAACAAACAGAAGGUCUGGAAGUUGAGCUACCAUUUUUCUAACCAACAAACAUUAAAAAGGUACAUCUUGUAAUAAUCAGAUCAUUGUUGAUCAAGUUAUUGUAAUUUUUUGCCCCUUUCCCAAUUACUUCUGAAAUGAAAUAUGCAGUCUUUAUGAAAAUCCUUAUAUCAAA